UUAAUCUUGGUAGUGCAUAUCGUAUAAAAAUGCCAACUAUUAAUAUCAAACGUGAUUUAUUAUUCAAAGUUCUUGGCAAAACAUAUUCGGAUAUCGAGUUUCAAAACUUAUGUUUCAAGUUUGGAUUAGAAUUGGAUGAAGUGAUAAGAGAGAAGCAGAUAGUUACAAAGGAACAAAAUCUAUAUCACAAAACAGAAAUAUCAGAAGAAAUUAUUUAUAAAAUUGAAAUACCAGCAAAUAGAUAUGACUUAUUAUGUUUAGAAGGUUUAACACUUGGACUUCUUAUAUUUUUAAACCAAGUGGAUAUACCAAUGUACAUGACGAUAUUUCCAAGUACAAACAUACAAACGAUUAUAAUGACAAAGCAGUGUUCGGAAGUCAGGGGACACAUUGUUGCAGCUGUUUUACGUGAUAUUAAAUUUACAAAAGAUUCUUAUAAUAGCUUCAUUGAUCUUCAAGAUAAAUUACAUCAAAAUAUUGGUAGAAAAAGAACUUUGGUAUCAAUUGGAACACAUGAUCUAGAUACUGUUAAAGGUCCAUUUUUGUAUUGUGUAAAGUCACCAGCUAAUAUCUAUUUCAAACCACUGAAUCAAGAUAAGGAAUAUACAGGAGAAGAAAUUAUGAAUUUGUACAGUAAUCAUGCACAAUUAAAGCAAUACUUACACAUUAUAAAGGACAGCCCAGUUUAUCCUAUAAUACAAGAUAGCAAUGGAAUCAUUUUGUCUCUCCCACCUAUUAUCAAUGGAGAUCAUUCAAAAAUUACACUCAAUACUAAAAAUAUAUUAAUUGAAUGUACUGCAAUAGAUUUAACAAAGGCAAAGAUAGUAUUGGAUACUAUAGUCUGUGCUUUUAGUCAAUAUUGUAAAACAAAAUAUACAAUAGAAAUGGUGAAAAUCAUACAUCCUAAUGAACAAGUAUUUCAUUAUCCUGACUUAAAGUACCGAAUUGAGCAUAUUGAUUGUGACAAAGCAAUAAAAUAUAUUGGUAUAAAACAAACACCACUGGAAAUAGCUAACUUACUUACUAGAAUGUCUUUAAAAUCUCGUGUCAGAAUUGGUAACAAAUUAAAUGUUCAAGUGCCUCCAACACGACAUGAUGUGAUACAUGCAUGUGAUAUUUAUGAAGAUAUUGCCAUAGCAUAUGGAUAUAACAAAAUUCAGAAAACUAUGCCGUAUUUAUAUACUAUUGCAGAAGAGUUUCCACUUAACAAAUUAUCUGAUCAAUUACGCGUAGAAUUGGCAUGUGCAGGAUUCACAGAAACAUUGACUUUCUCACUGUGUUCAUACGAGGAUAUAACAGAUAAAUUAAAUCAUGAAUUAUUACAUAUAUCAGCAGUUCAUAUAUUGAAUCCCAAAACAUCUGAAUUUCAGGUUGCACGAACUACUUUAAUACCAGGGUUAUUAAAAACAUUAGCUGCAAAUAAAAAGAUGCCGCUUCCUCACAAAUUAUUUGAAGUUUCUGACAUAAUAUUAAAAGAUAAUAAGAUAGAAAUUGGUGCGCGUAAUAGACGACAUUUAUGCGCGAUAUAUUGCAACAAAUCUGAUGGUUUUGAAAUAAUUCAUGGUUUAUUAGAUAGAAUAUUACAUAUAUUAGAAGUACCACGAAGUGUUAAUAAAAGUAAAGGUGGAUAUUUUCUUCGUGCUCUCGAUGAUCCCACUUUUUUCCCUAAUCGUUGUGCAGAAAUAUUAUGUUAUGGUAAUAUAAUUGGAAAAAUGGGGGUUCUACAUCCAAAUGUAAUUUCAAAAUUUGAACUAAAUACACCUUGCUCUGUAUUAGAAAUUAAUAUUGAGACCUUUUUAUAA